CCCUCCCUCGCUGGGAUGGGGAGAGUCCAGGCAAGGAUGCACCGGCAGGGCUUUAAACCCGCGGAGCUGGGAGCAGCGAGCUGCAGCCUUUAACCAGCCGGCAGCCUUCGCCAGGGGGUUAAAAUGCUGAUUACUGUAACACCACCCUAUGAGCCAGCCUCGCUUCAUCCACAGAUGCCACCCCCUCCUCUUCCGCCAAAGCCUGGAAAAGACAAUCUUAAGCUUCAGAGACUCUUGAAAAAAGCAGCAAAGAAGAAAGCAACCUUAUCAGCCCAGCAAACCACAUCAUUCCGAUCCAGUCUGUCCCCUGUGAGUGAAGCCAGCCCCGACCUGGAGCGCAGUGAACGCUCCUCCCCUCUGAAGCCUACAGAAAUGGCAACACAUCUCACCAUCAACCUCCCGCCCCGCUUUUCCAUCAGACCUGUUAUCCACCACGUUUCUUCCCCCUUUCCCAAAGGCAAGCCCUUCACGUUCACCGUUGCAGAGCAGAAAAGCCUUUCGGAGCAUCUCAGGGUCACCUCCUCCCCUGCCCCAUCACCACUCCAGAGACCGAGCACUGCUGAGCCCUCAUGGCCACUCAGAGGGCAGCCACAGUCAGACGCAGACGCACAACGGUCCCCUUCAAGUGCUGUGCUUUUUUCUCCUGAGCCUCCUGUUCAUCUAAUACCUGUGGUGGAACCCCCCGCAGUGGUUGCUCACAUUGCAGAGACCCAUACUUCCAUGUAUAGUAUGCAAGCAGCAAGCCCCUUGCUACAACAAUCGCCUAAAUAUCCUAGUAGUGAAGACAGGCCACCACCUCUUCACCCGCAGGUACACCAAGAACAUCCGCCACCAGGCCAGAUACCAGGUGCAUACUUCUCAAGCCAGGCAAGACCAAUCACUCCUAAGUUUGAACCUGCUCCUGCCCCUGAACCUCCUACUAGAACGACAGUUGCAAUACUGCAUGUUCCCAGACAGCAGAUUGUGGUCACAUCCCCAGCUCCUCAAGUCAGUAGGCCUGUGAUGCCAGGAAGUGAUGGAGGCCCUGAACCACACAAGGAGGCUCAGAGACAUGCAACUCCCAAUGGAUCUCAAAAGCACAUCAUGCCAGAGACAGCCAUGCCUGCUCCAUCAACAGCCAUCACUCAUGUUCUCUCACCAGAAGCUAGGCGUGAACAGAGCCUGCCACCACCAGUUACUUUCCAAGGUACAUUACCAAAGCCUAAGCCAGCAUUGCCCCCCAGAAAUAAGCUUAGUGGCUGGUCUCGUCUCAAGAAGCAUUUGAUAAUAGACUCAGAAGAGCCUCAAUUUCCAGUCCCAGAACCCCAGCCAACCAAGUCUGAAGAGGAGGGAGCAGAGAGAACACAAGGCUCCCAAGUUGACACUGGUCAGGACAAGCGGAUAACCAAGUCAAGAGCCAUCAAGAUGUGGGAUGCCAUUGUAUACCAGAUGAUGACCAGCAAAGCAAAAAAGCAGCAGCGAGAUGAAAGGGAAAUCAGGAGAGACGGGACAUUCCCGUUUCGGCGCCGCUUACCCCUUUUACUCCACAGGCCUCGCUUUGAUGCGCGGAAGCUUAAAGAGCUGGCAUCCAAGCCCAUGACAAAGAUUACUACUCUGUUUGAGGUACGCCGAAUCCAGUGCAAAACACCCGAGGAAUCGCCGUUGCGUUAACAGGACUGCAUUU